CGAGGAGGGACGCGCCGGAGCGGGGCCGCCGGGACCGAGGGAGCGACAGACGCGCCACCCGCCGACGCCGCAGCCGCUUGGGGCCCACACGGACCCCUCUACCUGAGUGAGUGCAUCCAGGAUCGCGGGGAACCCGUGGCCGAGAGGUGUAGAAUGAGCCAAGGAGACUCAAACCCAGCAGCUAUUCCACAUGCCGCAGAAGAUAUUCAAGGAGAUGACAGAUGGAUGUCUCAGCACAACAGAUUUGUCCUGGAUUGUAAAGACAAAGAGCCUGAUGUCCUGUUUGUGGGCGACUCCAUGGUGCAGUUAAUGCAGCAGUAUGAGAUAUGGCGAGAACUUUUUUCCCCACUUCAUGCACUGAAUUUUGGAAUUGGGGGAGAUACAACAAGACAUGUUUUGUGGAGACUAAAGAAUGGAGAGCUGGAAAAUAUUAAACCUAAGGUCAUUGUUGUCUGGGUAGGAACAAACAACCAUGAAAAUACAGCAGAAGAAGUAGCAGGUGGAAUCGAGGCCAUUGUUCAGCUUAUUAAUACAAGGCAGCCACAGGCCAAAAUCAUUGUAUUGGGUUUGUUACCUCGAGGUGAGAAGCCCAACCCUUUGAGGCAAAAGAAUGCCAAGGUGAACCAACUUCUCAAGGUUUCCCUGCCGAAGCUUGCCAAUGUGCAGCUACUGGAUACAGAUGGGGGCUUCGUGCACUCGGACGGUGCCAUCUCCUGCCACGACAUGUUUGAUUUUCUGCAUCUCACGGGAGGCGGCUAUGCAAAGAUCUGCAAACCCCUCCAUGAACUGAUCAUGCAGUUGUUGGAGGAAACACCCGAGGAGAAGCAGACCACCAUUGCCUGACUGGCUCCCAUCGGUGUGAAUAGCUCCCCAGCUUCCCGAGAUCAGUUAUGUCACUGGCACUACAGAAUCCUUCUCUUUCUUAAGGCACUUUGCAUUGUAGAAUGUUCCUGGAUGUUCAUACCUAGUGUUUGAAAGGGAGGAGGGAUUCAAACUGGUCCUGUACAUAGAAGGUUUGUUUGACACAGGAGAAAAAUUAGCCAAGAAGAUUGUUUAAAUUCAUUUCAAACAAGAAGGGGACUUUUUAGUUGUAUGUGUGACACAUUCGUUGAAUUAUCGCUGUUUUUCCUAGGACGACAUCAAGCCUAAAUACUGAACAAUAUGAAGAUUCUUUUCUUGGCCUUUUUUUCUAUGGAUUAUGUCAUAUAUAAUAAUUAUCACUCACACCUAUUUGGCUUUAAAAUGUGGGGUUUUUGUUUCUCCAGUUUUGAAGGCUCAUAAUUUAGCCAUAAUUUACUCCUAAGUAUCCUCAGCAUUUUCUUAACAUACAGCAUUGGAUUAAACAUGCUUGUCAUUCAGAUAUGGAAGAUUUAUAGUUACAAGUGAAUUUGUUCCACUCUCUUAAUCUUUUAGCAGUGAAAAACAGGUUUUUGCCCCAUUUGGAGGACUCUUUGGAGGGUAUGAUUUUUAUGCUGCUGAAUAUCAUGUCUAUAAUAGACCCAUGCAUGCAGCCUUUUCCCUUGUCCCCACUUCUUUUGCCCUUGUUGACAUUACAAGCUUUUAACAUUUUUGACCUAGGGGCUCUGUUGCUGGAAGUGUAAGUCCCCAGCCAGUUACUCUCAUAUAUUACUGAUGUAUAACUCAUUCUCGUGUGGUGUUCUGUGCUGUCAAGUCUGUGUAGUGCUAUCCAUAUUCAGAGUCUGCUUUGUCUGGUUUUUCCCUUAAAACCUGUUACAGUUUGUUUUGGGAAAAAAAUAAUCAGAAUUCUAUUUCCUAUCCUGUAAUGCCUGGCAUUGUUUCAAAUUUUAUAGGCUCUUAAGAUGUAUAUUUUAUUAUUUUUAAAAUUGGCUUGUUUUUAAAUUAUAUCAGUCCAAAAAACUUGGCUUUUUCCAUGGGGAAACAGUGAAGCUGCUCUUCAGAAUAAACAUUCUACCUUUACCCCAUCUUUUAGUAAAAAAGAACUAGGUUCAUUUAACUUUUAGGGUUUCUCACUAACAUAUCUUCAGAAGAAUUUCUUUCAAGAGAGUUCUUAGAAUCUAAUGACUUCCUUGAGCUUCAAGAAUUGCCAUUUAAAAAAUAAUGAGAGAGUAGAUGAUUUGUCGUUCAGUAUGCCUAUGGAAUAUGCACAAACUGGACCAGGUGGGUAUUGCAGCGACCCAUCGACCUGUGCUCUGCAGUGAUUCCGCUUCACGUUCACAUUCAGUAACUGAGUUGUGUGUUGUAUAUUCUGCUUGCAAGGCAAAUGGCGGUGCGUUGUAUAUUGGAGGAGGGUUGCCGAUUUAUGCUAAGAUUCAUUUCUGAUUCAGAGGGAUAGAACUUGGGCUUUUUUCUUGUGCAGUCUCUAGAAUUUGUGUUUUUUGUCUUUCUUUAAAAAGCACACACUUUUCUGAAUGUAUCAUGUCUUCAUUAGCAAUUGAAAAUACAUAUGGUGUUUACUAAACUUGUUUACUAUUUUGAAAGUUUCUUUAUGUUUUUAGCAGCCCAGGUUCUUGAGUUUUUCAACACAGAUUUUUUUCUUAACUGAGGUAUAGGUGGAAGCAGAACUAAUGAAGCCAGAAUUCUGUGUGUACAAAGACAGUUUCCUAUGCAGGUUUCUUUCUGUUUGUUAGGGAGUGAGUAUGAUCCAAAUCAGCUCCUGAGCUUGCUCCUGCAGCAUGUGCUUUCAGCUUCUCUCUCGACCGAGGCUCAAUAGCCCUUUGUGGGUUGGCCAUCAGCUUCUUUAUUUGUGAGUACAAACCUCAGAUGUUACUACAUCUGCCAGAGCUAUUCAAGCAAUAGUGUUGGAACCACUAGCCUUCUAAAUAUGAUGCUGUCGUGUUGCUAAUGUACAGAUACUGGGUCCACUUUCAUUUCUUGCCAGAUUUCUUUGCACUGCUUUAGACAAAAGCUAUCACUCUACUUUUCUUUGAUUGACAUCCCAGUUUGCUUCAGUGACAGAACUUACUGCCUAGUCUCUGUACUUUGAGAAGUCUAUAAUGCACUGUCCAAGUGAAAUGUCCUAGUUGUCAUUGUGAUUAGGGGCCAACUUUCCAGGCAGCUAACAGAGAUACUAUUCUGUUUUUUUCUCAGUAAUUUCUUUGCCCACCAUUCCUGCUACGCUAGAUGGCAGUCAUGAUGGGACAGUACGUCUGUGAUCUCAUCUCGAACAUAGCAGGUUAAAGAUGUACUGCCAGAGGUGACCUAGGGCAGGUUGUCUGCUGUCCCUAUACUCUAGAUGGCCACAGACGUGCCCUGGCUACCACCUUGGGUCUAUAUGGACUGCUUAGGACAUCUGCCUAAACCUCAAUCUUUUGUCAAAAACCUGAACCCAACAAAACACAUCUUGAGUAGCUCAUGCCCUGCUCUUAAGAAUUCUGUCUGUUGUUUAAAAAUAUAAUUCCAACUUCUUUUAUUUUUUUAACCUAGUCACUGUUUACAGUUAUAUGCUAAAGCCUGAAAUACUGUCUGUGCUGUGGUGUAUGAGCAUUGCCAAUUUUAUAUUUAUUGCAGUGAAGAAGAAACUAAAAAUAUAUGAAAAUGAGGAGCAUGUCCAAGCUCCCAAAUCUGUGUGGGUGCAUGUGGGAGAAGUGAGUGUGGGCCUCGUACAGGGAGGCUUUUUGGAGAGGGGUCCUGCAAGCUUCUCCUUGGUGUUCCUGCUUGGGGAUCACUGCUGCUAGCUGACUGAACCUCCCCAACGGAAGUUUGUGAUUCUGCUUUGGCAAAGUUUCAUUGACUAGUAGAACUCAUUCUGUUUAGUGCAUAUUUCAAUAUAAAUGUAAACAUUUCACUCAAACUUGCUGAUGUCU